UUUUUAGUUUUUUUUUCAUUUAUGCCUGAUGAGCCAUUAUGGUCGAAUAUUCAUCCAAUUACUGACUAGUCAACAAGGAAAGCGGCUGCAGGAGUGGAUCUGUGUGAUUCUGUGCCCCUCGCUCUUUGUUAUAAACCUCUCUUUCCUCUUCCUCAACUUCUCCACUGUGCACAUCUACAAAAUCAUCUUUGGCAUUGUGACUGGUAUUGUGACAGCAGACUUUGCCUCUGGGAUGGUACAUUGGGGAGCCGAUACAUGGGGUUCAGUGGACAUCCCAGUAAUUGGGAAG